ACUGCCAAAGGUCAGUGAAGCUUCAGCCUGCAGACACCAUGAAGGCGACUCAGCUUUUCCUCUUGUUGUUGAGCGUCUGCCCGACAUCUGCCCACAUUCAUGCCUCUGUGAUGGUCACUCCCAGAUGGUCUCAGUAUUUUGAGUAUAAUAGCGUCUCUGUGAGCUGUGAGGACUUCAGCUCUGGUGAAUGGACAGUGUGGAGAUACACAACAGAAAGUUUGAAGCUGUCCCAGUGUGGAUCCGGCUGGGGGUUCCUGAAUUCCUCUACCUGCGAAAUGAAUACAGUCAAACUGGCCGACAGUGGAGUGUACUGGUGUGAAUCUGAACACAGAGACAGCAGCAACGCAGUCAACAUCACUGUUACUCGUAAAACAGUGAUCCUGCAGAGUCCUGUCCUCCCUGUGAUGGAGGGACAUGAUGUCACUCUGCACUGUAAAACAGGGACCUCUCCCUCCAACCUCCCAGCUGCUUUCUAUAAAGAUGACUCCUUAAUCAGUCAAGAGACUACAGGUCACACCAUCCACAGUUUUUCCAAGUCUGACGAAGGUGCCUACAAAUGUCACAUCAGGGAUCAAGGAGAGUCUCCAGCCAGCUGGCUGCUGAUGAAAGAUCAUCCUGACCCAGCCUCUCUCACAGUGUUAAGCGACUCAUCCCAGCUGUUUGAGUACGAGAAUCUGUCUCUGAGCUGUGGUGACAACAGCAGCUUUCAUAAAUGGAAGGUCAUCAGGUCCACAACCUCUGUUGGCAAGUUGUCCAGCUGUGGAGAUCAAUGGGGGACUCCUACCCACUUCGGAUGCGUCAUCCAAACAGCCAAGCAGCCUGACAGUGCUAUUUACUGGUGUGAGUCUCCUACAAGGCAGCGGAGCAACUCUGUCAAAAUCUCUGUAUAUGAUAAACCAGUGAUCCUGCAGAGUCCUGUCCUCCCUGUGAUGGAGGGACAUGAUGUCACUCUGCACUGUAAAACAAAGACCCCUCCCUCCGACCUCACAGCUGCUUUCUAUAAAGAUGGCACCCUCAUCAGCACUGAGCCUACAGGUCACAUGACCAUCCACCAUGUUUCCAAGUCUGAUGAAGGCCUCUACAAGUGUCACAUCAGCCGUCAUGGAGAGUCUCCACCCAGCUGGCUGUUUGUCAGAGAUUCCAAUGGUACAGCACCAUCCCCUGCAGAUCCACCCCUGUGGUCUGUGCUGAGAGUUAUUCGCCUCCUGGUGGUGGUCUCUCCGUACUGCAUCUCCACUGUUCUCAUGGUGUCUUUAUGUCUACAAAGGCCCACAGGAAGGAACCUGCCUGUUUCCAUGACGACGUCUCCACCCAAUGAGAAUGAUGAAGGAUUGGACCGACUGCAUGAUGAUGUCACUGCUGAUGUCACCACCGAGCAUCAUUUCUAAGCUAAACUUUCUCUCUUAUGUUGUUUGUUCGACUGUAUGUGUUUUUUUAAAUAUGAUUACUGUUGUUCUCUUGUUCUCUUUUGUACACUGUGUUCAAUACUUUUUCAAUAAAGUAAAAAGAAAAACAUUGUAAGAUAA